AUGACCACCGAACUCCAAACCUUCGGAUUCUUGGUUGAAUUAAACGAUGAAACCGUAAAGAUUUAUACAAUUGAGCGUGGAAUCAUCGAAAUGAAAAAUACUGGAGAUUUAGAACUCGGCGUCUGGUACGAUAUUUGGGAAAACGAGCUUGAGCCACGGACCAUAUACGAAAACAAAAGAUGUGAACUGUGGGUGGAGAAUGGUGAAGUAUUCGCUCAAAUAUUGGCGAUUGGACCCAACAGUUUCUUUCUCGAUAAGGAUAUCUCUCAAAAGUAUAAGUAUGCUGUCUGGAAUCCAUUCUUGAAAUUUCUUGACGAUGGAGACAAUCUCUUCAAAGAUAAAAUUAGAGGAGAUGAUGUUGUUGAGAUUGUUGUCAAGUAUGCUCCAUGGAAAAACGGCAACUUCAAAAUCGUUCAACUCAUCGUAGAGGCACCAUUCGAAGGCUCUUCAUACUGUCGGCUUCCACCGUGGACCCUUGAGCAAAUGGCAAGAAAAUUGCCGGAGGCUCUAAUGCCAAAGCCGAAUUCACUCUGUGUCGACCAGUUCAGAAAAAUCAAUCUAACGGACAUCCAUGUGGGAGUCUGCAUCAAAGCGGAAGCUUUGAAUCCUGCGUGUCCUAAGGAUGUUAAACCGAGCCAAGGAGUUAGACCGACGUGCUCCUAUCUGUUCACUCCUACCUUAGGACUCGUCCGUUGGGUCAUCACAAACUUAAAGCCUACGGGACUAACAACAUCAAAGCCAGCUGAGUAUAAUGUGAAGAGUGACAUGAUGGAAGUCGACAAACGCACUGGAAAGUGGUACUCUUUCUACAUGGCGGAUGCAGACAAGAACGCAAGGAUGGCAAAGCGUAAAGAAAAGAGCGAAGAUAAGAGCACCGGCGCUGAUGAAAAAAAAGUUCGUGCGCUGAUCAGAGGAUCGGCUAGAAAUGUGAAAGAGGUGAACAAUGUUCACAAAGCGACUUGUGUCGUUGGUGGAGAAGUAGAGAUCGAAGCGAGCUUCCUCUUUAACGCAAACAUGUUUGAAUCGGAAGAGAGCAGUCUGCUCAAGGAUUGGAAUCUCAGACGUGAGGGGCUCAGCACAGACUCCCAUUUCUGGGAUACUGAUUUGGGAAGAGUCGAAGUGUAUCCACAGAUCUCAGAGACUAUCAUUAAGCACAUAGAGAGUCACCGUCAAAAGCUGGAACCUCAGGAGGCCGAGAAGCUGGAAAAAGAAGCAAUCGUCGUCUCUGUUACCGCUGUGGUUCACAGGAACUUCAUGAAAAACUUCGAGAACUAUCCAAAGCAUGGAAUCUUUCUUGCCAAGAAAGUAGACACAAUUUGCUAUCUUGUUGGAGGAAGAAUUAUUUAUCAAGAUCAAGAAUAA